AUGCCACCCUCUGUGUGCAGUGCUGAUUGUGGUCCUGGAUUCAGAAAAUUCUGGCAGGAGGGAAUGGCAGCCUGCUGCUUUGAUUGCAGCCCCUGCCCACAAAAUGAAGUUUCUAAUGAGACAAAUGUGGAUAAAUGUGUGAGGUGUCCAAAGGACCGGUAUUCCAACAGAGAGCAGAACCAGUGUAUUCAAAAAGAUGUGGUCUUCCUGAACUACAAUGACACCUUAGGGAUGGUUCUUACCUUAAUGGCCUUGUUCUUCUCUGCAUUCACAACUGUGGUUCUUGGGGUUUUUGUGAAGUAUCAUGACACUCCCAUUGUGAAGGCCGACAACCAGAAUCUCAGCUACAUCUUGCUAAUUUCACUCAUCUUCUGUUUCCUGUGUCCCUUGCUUUUCAUUGGGCAUCCCAACUCAGCUGCCUGUGUUCUGCAACAAAUCACAUUUGGAGUUGUAUUCACUGUGGCUGUUUCCACUGUAUUGGCCAAAACAGUGACUGUGCUGCUGGCUUUCAAAGUCACAGUCCCUGGAAGGAGGAUGAGGUAUUUUCUGAUUUCUGGUGUUCCCAACUACAUCAUUGCCAUCUGUACGCUAAUCCAAAUUAUUCUCUGUACAAUCUGGCUGCAAUUUUCUCCUCCUUAUAUUGACAAAGAUGUGCACUCUGAGCAUGGCCAAAUCAUCAUUGUGUGCAACAAGGGCUCAGUUACUGCAUUCUACUGUGUCCUGGGAUACCAUGGCUCCCUUGCAUUAGGGAGCUUCCUUGUUGCAUUCUUGGCCAGGAAUCUCCCUGACACAUUCAAUAAAGCCAAGUUACUGACCUUCAGCAUGCUGUUGUUUUGCAGUGUCUGGAUCACCUUUCUCCCUGUCUACCACAGCACCAAGGGAAAGAUAAUGAAUGCUGUGGAGGUCUUGUCCAUCUUAGCUUCCAGCGCAGGCCUACUGGGAUGCAUUUUUAUCUCCAAGUGCUACAUAAUUUUGUUAAGACCAGAGAGAAAUUCUCUUCAAAAGAUAAAGGAGAAAACAUAUUCCUUUACACACAUUUCAUAA